UGCGGCCGCAGGGCCGGGCCCAGGCGGGACUUGGGGCCCUGGGCAGGGCCGGGCCGGGCAUGGCGGAGAGGCGGCAGCGGGCCCGAGUGCAGGGCGGCUGGGCCGGCGCCCCGGCGGGACGGCCCGCAGCGUCUAAGGUACCUGUGGCCAGCAGCGUUGCCCUUGCAGGUGCCAGACCUGCAUGGAGACAGAAAGAUCAGCCUCACAUUCAAAAGCAGUUUGUCUUUGAAAAGCCAUCAGAGGUGGAGCGCAGGGUUCCUGAGGCAGGUGUGAUAGACAAGCCUGGUGUGUAUGAGCUCAGCAAGGGACCAACUGGCAUUUCUAGGAUUCAUUUGAUUCCUGGCUUUAUUGACUCAGAACAAGCAGACUGGAUGUUUGAGCAACUCCUGCAAGACAUACCCUGGGGCCAGCGAACUCACAUCAGACAGGAAGCAUCUUUUGAGGAACCACGGCUAACAUCCUGGUAUGGGGAGCUUCCUUACACAUAUUCCAGGAUAACAAUGCAGCCAAAUCCAAAUUGGCAUCCUGUGCUGACCAUGCUGAAGGAGCGCAUUGAAGAGUUCACUGGCUAUAGCUUCAACUCUCUCCUCUGCAACCUCUACCGAAAUGAGAAGGACAGCGUGGACUGGCACAGUGACGACGAGCCAUCACUGGGAAAAAAUCCUGUCAUUGCCUCACUCAGCUUUGGUGCUACUCGGACCUUUGAGAUGAGAAAAAAACCUUCCCCUGAAGAGGAUGGAGAUUAUACUUAUGUAGAAAGACUCAGAAUCCCACUUGAUCACGGGACUCUGUUGGUGAUGGAAGGAGCCACCCAGGAGGAUUGGCAGCAUCGGGUGCCUAAGGAGUAUCAUUCUAGAGAUGAACGGAUAAACUUGACAUUUAGGAUCAUUUAUCCAGAACCUGAUGGAGUUUGGAAGUGAAGACCCACUUUGGACAUUGUUGGAUAUACACCCACAGCAGAUCUAGAGCCUUAGAUUGCUACAGAUAUAAAGGAAGCCUUACAGGAACAGAUUUCCGUGAAGUCAUGGGGAAAAGAGUUGAUGUUCUGAAGACCUUUGGCAAUCAGAAGCUGCCUGUGUUAUGUGGACAAAAAUUAUAUGUUAUUAGAUGAUGCUAAAUCGCAGGCUUUGUGAACAGUGAUUAUUCUUAGAAGAGCACAAAGCAUGUGAAAGGUUUAAGAGGUCCCAGCUGGAGCAGAGAGAUUCAGUGAGCAGUUUGCACCUUGUCUCUCCUUUACUCCCAAGUCAUGAUCUCUGUUGGAGGUAAUGACAAGGUGGGAUUCUUGUCCACCUCUUUGUGUCUGUACAGAUAUGAAAAAGCUGCACUUGGUGAUGAUCUCUGGUGUUACUUAUUUCACCAAAGGGUGGUGCACUGCUUUUUUAUCUGUGGGUUGCAGAGUCUCUUCCAGUUAAGCAGUUUCACAACUUAAAUAACGUAUUGAAUUAUACCGGUGUCUAGUGGAACAGAGGGUCAAGGCUCUUAUCUGCCAUGCACUGUGUGGUCAGACUUUAUCCUAACUCUUUAUCCAUGUAGGCAGGACAAUGCAAAGGCAAGCAACAGAGACGUCUGAUGACCCUGCUUCUGGGUCAGUGCAUAUUGCAUUUAAGAAUAUCACUCAGGGGGUUAUCUCUUGAGCCUCUGCUGUGCCAGAUCGACAGUCAGCACCUCAGACCAGAUUCCAGGCUGACUUGCUGGAAUCCUUCAAGUUUGGCUGCUGUGACUCACCUGCUGCUGGGAAGCAGUGGGCUCAUGACUAGAGUCUGAAUAUUAAGUUAGGAGUGCUGCCUGUGUGCUUAAGUUCUUACUGCAGCUAAAAAUCAUCACUGUACUGGGUCAAAUCAUAGUUUUGGUCCAUCUUCACUGUCUGCCUGCAGUAGGAUCUAAGCACAGGUAAAUACCCUCUGCCUUCUAACAUGUUAGCUUUGUUAAGCAAGCUAAUGUCCCUCUUCACUGUAAGAAUAAAUUGGUGUUGAGAAAAGAUCUGUCUUUAUUUAGCCAGCAUGUGUUGUGGUUUAAGUUCUUAUUUGGUGAGAACAGUCAGGUUAUUAAUACUCAGUUAUGCCUAUGUUUUAAUGUUAUUGAUGACAUAAAUGUUGAGCCAUUUCACUCCCUGUGGUCUUAAAUUGGGCAGAAUCAUUUCCUAGAAACAGCUUCUCUACCUAAACCACCAAACAUUAUUCUUAUAAAAUUAAUGUUACUGGAAAACUUAACUUUGUUGUCUUAUGAGGUCUUCACUUUCAUCCCAAUUUGUACAUAAAUGUUUUUGGAGUAUUUUUAAUGUUA